UGCCACAUUUUCGUUUCUAUUCAUUUUCUGUAUUUUAUUAUUACCGUUAAGUGCCACUAGGGGCGCUGUAGCUUAAGAGUGAGCUUCGUAUGCAGAGAAGAGGUUAAUACAGAAGAAGAAGCGAUCUCUCUAGAGAAAGAAGCGAUCUCUCAAGAGAAAGAAAGAUGCAUGACUAAAGUGUGGUCAUUAAGCUAAUAAGAGAAAUAAGAUAAACAAAAAGAAGAAGAAAAAGACUUAAACUAAUUCCUCUCUCGGUACUCAGCCAACGAGUUUUCACGGUGUGUUUAUGAUCCUGACUAAGCUGGAUUCAAUAAAUCCAUCAGUAUGAGAAAGCCACUUGUGUCUGUUUGGUACCUGGAGGAAUUAUAGUGAAAACUCGGUCUGAUCUGCAUGCGGGUGGAGGCGAGGCGGCAUGAUCAAAGGAGCAGCAGUCUUGCCACAGCGUGAUCGGCACGUGAACAGAGCGGGGAGCGCGCACGGGACCAAAGCACACGAUUUGAAGAGCAACACUUUAAGAUAAGACCAUAAGAUGUGUGGACACUCAUAAGUUAAGGGUUUGUCUAAACAAGGAAAACAAAACACAAGUUUAUGGUUGAUUAAUCAAACUGUGAAAAGUGAAAGUAACGUUUUGCUAUUCCUAGUUUUGUUUUAUUAAGCCACAGUGUAAGUUCUAAAGCACCUAAGUUUAAGCAUCAGUACUUUUGUUUUAUUGGGCUAUUUGUAAAAUUCUGUAUUUUAUGUGAACAGUUUAAAUGUGAAUAACUCUUAUUUGAAUACGUUUUGGGUAUAUUUAAGUUGACAGUAAUUUAAGUUACAUUCAUAUUACUGCAUUAAGAUUCAGUGUUACAUUUUUAUUUUAUUCUGCCUUUAUAUUUUAACUGCCUGCAGUACAGGGGUGACUUUUAGUUAACGUAAAGAUUUUGCUGUUUAGUGACAAGUGACAAGACGUUAAAAUGACUGAUCCAAAUAUACCACUAAAUAGUGCAGAACCCCAGAUGCAGUCUGAAGAAACCCAAUGUACUAAUCUUAGUGAGCAGCAAGAAUCAGUACAACUUAGAAGAAGUCAGAGAGUGAAAACACUCACAGAAAAGGGAAGAGAAAUGCAGGAUGAGAGGAUUAAAGGACUCCAGCAAAGAUUUAACUACAACUAUGAAAAGUGGAGAACACGUGCAAAAGCAUCCAAGUUACCCCUCUCUCAAACAGAACCCUUGAAUAAAGACAUACUUGAAGAUAUUAUUGGUGAUGUUAGAGGUCUUUGUGCAGAUGUCACAAAAGUUUAUGAAGAGUUACGUAAGCUCACCCCACCGGAUCAGGAGUCACGUCGCAGAGUAGAUCUGUGUGUGGAGAUCUCAGGUUUCCUCGUGAAUAAAGCAACCAGCCGAUUGGAAGGAAAAGAGGAACCAGAUUGGCCAGAAGCAGGCUCCCUCUUUCAAACUGUAAGCAAUAAGUCAAGCUCCUUCAACACCACUAAGAACUCAUCUGAGCAUUCACAUAGAUCCUCUAUAAAACGUCAAGAAGCCGCAGCAGAAGCAGCAGCGAGUCAAGCUGUUCUCAAAAUAUUAGAAGAACAAGAAACGGAACAGCAAGAGAUAGAAAGACUAGAAGCUGAAGUCAGGAAAAAAGCAGUAGAACAAGAAACAUUGAUUAGACAAAAGCGCUUAGAAAGAGAGACAGAAGAAAUUAGAUUAAGAAUGCAGAGAGAAGCAGACGAAGCAAAGUUUAAGGCUCAACAAGAAGCAGAGUAUGCAGCUCUGCAGAGAACACUUGAUGAAAAGAAAAGAAAAGUACUGCACCUGGAAAAGGUCAAAGAUCUAAAGGCAGCACAAGCAAAGAUGCAGGUUUAUGACCAAAUGAGUGCAGUAGAAGCGCAAAAGAUUGAUGUAACAAAGAUUAACACAGAAAUGAAAGACGCUGAACAUGUAAGCUUCCCAUCUCUGCUUAAACAAGUUAUACCCCAAGCUGCAGCCACUCCUACAAGUGAUGGUACAUCAGAUCUUGUUAAAGUGCUAGCAAGUGCACUAAGUACUAGCCGUAUCCCUGUUCCUGAACCUACUGUGUUUUCUGGGGAUUCCUUAAGUUACAGUGACUGGAAGCUGUCAUUUCAAACGCUGAUAGACCAAAAAAAUAUCCCAGACAAGGAGAAAAUAUUCUACCUUCGGAGAUAUGUGAGUGGACCGGCUAAGAGAGCGGUUGAAGGAUACUUCCUGCUUGGAACCGAAUCUGCAUAUGCUGCUGCCUGGAAGAUUCUGGAUGAAAGAUAUGGAAAUCCAUUCACAAUCGCGAAAGCCUUUAGAGACAAACUGCAUGCAUGGCCCAAAAUUACCUCAAGAGACAGUUUCGAACUAAGAGACUUUGCAGAUUUCUUGCGCAGUUGUGAAGCUGCUACAGCUCACAUCAAGUCAUUAGAGAUCUUGAAUGACUGCAAUGAGAAGCCAAGAUAGCCUGUAAUCCUGUUACAUCUUUACAGUCACUUAAACAAUGUGAGCCUAACAAAUCAGACAAACCGAAGCUUACAAAACAGAAAGAAAUUGGAGUUAAAACACUGAUGACGACUUCACAAGAAAAGAUACAACUGGUAUGUGUAUUCUGUAAGAAACCUAAGCACAGUUUACACAAAUGCAGAAGUUUUCUGGAAAAGGCUGUGUCAGACAGAGUCAGCUUUAUUAAGUCAGAAAGGCUAUGUUUUGGUUGUCUCAAACCAGGCCAUCAUUCGAAGAGCUGUACCAACCGCAAUAUUUGUGAAAGGUGCAGUAAAGGGCAUCCUACUUGUCUUCAUGAAGAUAGAGUUAAGGACAAAGGAGAACAAAGGCAACCAAUAGCUAAUCCAAAUCCAAGCAACGAAAGGUCAAGUCAAAGCGACCGAGUUCAAGAACAAGUUACAGCCAUGGCUACGACUAACCGAGUCGCAAGUCAAGAAAAUAACACACAGACAGCUGCAAUCAUUCCUGUGUGGCUUUCAUCUUCCACAAAACACAAAGAAGUUCUUGUGUAUGCUUUACUGGACUCGCAAAGCGAUACAACCUUUGUUCUCAGUGAAGUUGCAAAGUUACUAGAGACAAACCAAGAACCUGUUAAACUAGAACUGUCUACUAUGUCUUCCCAGACUACAGUUGUUCAGUCCGACAGACUUCAAAAUCUUCAAGUUCGUGGCCUUUACUCAAGCAAAAUAAUCACUUUACCUCCUACAUACACACGAGAAUUCAUUCCAGCCAACAAAGCUCACAUUCCAACUAAUGAAACAGCUAAAGCUUGGCCACAUCUGGAACACCUUCAAUCAGAAAUCGCACCUUUGCAAGAUUGCGAGGUAGGAUUGUUGAUCGGAUAUAACUGCUCACAAGCUCUUCUGCCGAGAGAGAUUGUGUCAGGCAAGGAAGGCGAGCCAUACGCUCAGCGCACCGAUCUUGGUUGGAGUAUAGUUGGACAAACCAAUCACUGCCUGAACUAUGGAGAUGCAAUUGGAAUUAGUCAUCGCAUUAUUGUCAAGAAAGUCAUCCCAGAGCUUAAGCCUUCUCUAAAGCUUCAGAACAAAGUCCACUAUGUCAAUAGGACAACAGUAAAGGACAUCACCCCUUCGGACAUUAUCAAAGCACUUGAAGGAGACUUCUCUGAAAGAGCCAUUGAGGGCAACCCUGUAUCACAAGAAGAUUUAAAGUUUCUCACAAAACUCAAAGAAAACAUCACACAGAAUGAGAGCGGCCACUAUGAGAUGCCACUACCAUUUCGUGACAAAAGACCCACAUUACCAGACAAUAGAAUAUGUGCAAUGCAUCGCCUAAAGUGUCUUAAAAGAAGAUUAAAGAAAGACAAAUCAUAUUACAAUGAUUACACAAACUUCAUGGAUGACAUCAUCUCAAGAGGAGAUGCUGAAAGAGUCCCUGACAAAGAGUUGAAUAACACUCCUGCAUGGUAUAUCCCACAUCAUGGGGUCUAUCACCCACACAAACCCGGAAGAAUCAGAGUAGUAUUUGAUGCCUCGGCCAAGUACCAGGAUACUUCUCUCAAUGACCACCUCUUAACCGGUCCUGACCUGACAAACACAUUGGUUGGUGUUCUUUGUCGUUUCCGCAGAAGUUCUGUCGCAUUUAUGUGUGAUAUAGAGCGGAUGUUUCACCAGUUCCAUGUCACAAAAGAAGACCAGUAUUACUUAAGGUUUCUUUGGUGGGAGAAGGGAGAUUUGGAAGCAUCACCAUCAGUUUACCGUAUGAAGGUCCAUCUUUUUGGAGCAGCGUCUUCUCCAGGCUGUGCCAACUUUGGCCUAAAACACCUUGCUGCCCAAGGACAAGGUCAAUUCAAAGAAAACACCAUACACUUUAUACAGAGAAACUUUUAUGUUGAUGACGGUUUGGCAAGCGUUCCUACUGAAAGGGAAGCCAUUCAGCUCAUCAAAGACUCAAGAGAGCUCUGUUCCAAAGGAAAGUUAAGACUCCACAAAUUUGUGUGUAACAGUGAGAGAGUUAUGUCCACUAUUCCAGAAGAAGAGUGUGCCACAGUGAAAGACCUUGACCUGUCUUUAAGUUUACCACGCAUUGAAAGAGCUCUUGGAGUUGAAUGGUGCGUCACUUCAGACACAUUCAAAUUCAGAGUUCAAGUCAAGUUGAACCCCCUUACAAGAAGAGGUGUACUUUCUACUGUCGCCUCCAUUUACGAUCCCCUGGGGUUUAUUGCACCGUUCGUCCUCUUGGGAAAGCAGAUUCUUCAGCAAAUGUGCAAGGAUAAGGUUGGGUGGGACCACGAGCUUCCAGAGCACUUAAAACCCCAGUGGGAAUCCUGGAUUAAAGACCUUCCAAGUUUAGCUAACAUGCAGAUUCAAAGAUGUUUCAUUCCUACAGAUUUCGGUCAGGUUAAAAGCUACGAGCUUCAUCACUUCGCAGACGCCAGUGUCAAUGGAUAUGGUGCUUGUACUUACCUGCGAGCCAUUAACCAAUCAGAUCAAGUCCAUUGUUGCUUGGUAAUGGCCAAGUCAAGAGUCACACCUACUAGUGUCACAACUAUCCCUCGACUCGAACUCUCAGCAGCAGUUGUUGCAGUUAGAGUCAGUGAUCUACUCAGGACAGAACUUGAAAUCCCAUACAUUGCUGAGUUUUUCUGGACAGACUCCACCGUUGUUCUCGGCUACAUAAAUAAUGAUGCCAAAAGGUUUCAAGUCUUCGUAGCGAAUCGGAUACAAAGGAUCAAGUCAAGCACAAAGCCAGAACAAUGGGCGUAUGUCGCAUCAGAGCAGAACCCUGCAGACUACGUUUCUCGAGGCUUAACCGCAGAACAACUGAAGUCCUCUGAAUGGUUUGAGGGGCCAGCAUUUCUCUGGGAGAAGAACAUUCCUGAUAGAGAUGUUAAGGUGGGAGAGAUCAGGGAAAAUGAUCCAGAACUUCGCAAAGCCUCUGUGUAUACCAUCAAUGCAAAGGAAGAGCAAACUAUUUUCAGCAGAUUUGAGAAGUUUUCAGAAUGGUCCAGAUUGAUAAGAGCAUUUGCAAUCUUGAGAAGAAAGGUCAAGGAACACAAGGGUGAUAUACAAAGGAUCAAAGAAAGUACAACUUUGGAAGAAAGAAAAGAAACAGAACUGUUUAUCAUCAAAAUUGUUCAAGAGAAAGUUUUCGCAGAAGAGAUAAAGAGUCUAAAAUCAAAGAAAACAGUUUCCAAGACCACAAAUCAUAAUCUGUACAAACUAAGUCCGUUUCUGGACGAAAAAGGAAUCCUCAGAGUGGGUGGACGUUUGGGUCAAGCUGUACUACACCCGCAUGUAAAACAUCCUGCCAUACUUCCCAAGGACAGUCAUAUUUCAACUUUGCUGAUCAGACAUUUUCACACGAAGGUUCAACAUCAAGGUCGUGGAAUGACUAUGAAUGAGUUGCGUGCAAAUGGUUGGUGGAUUCUUGGGAGCAGCCGUGCAGUUUCAUCAUACAUCUUCAAAUGUGUCAGAUGUCGCAAAUACAGAAGGAAAACGGAGCAUCAAAGUAUGGGAGAUUUGCCAGUAGAACGAACUGAGUCUACCCCGCCUUUCACUUAUGUUGGAAUGGAUUGCUUUGGACCAAUAUACGUCAAAGAUGGACGAAAGGAGCUCAAGAGAUAUGGACUCAUACUAACCUGUCUAUGUUCACGAGCCAUACAUAUUGAAGUAGUAGACGACCUGAGUACAGACGCAUUUCUAAAUGCUCUGCGAGCAUUUAUUGCAAUAAGAGGAAAUGUGCGUCAACUGAGAUGUGAUAGAGGAACCAAUUUCAUUGGGGCCCAGAGAGAACUCGCAGAUCUCAUGAAAGAAAUGAAUCAGGAGAAGGUAAAAGCGCUUGGAUGUGAAUUUCUCAUGAUUCCCCCUUCGGCAAGCCAUAUGGGUGGAAUAUGGGAAAGACAGAUCAGGACCAUCCGUAGUGUUCUUUCAGCCAUCCUUGACCAGUCAGCAAAGAGACUCGACAGUACAUCCUUGAGAACCUUGUUGUAUGAGGUAAUGGCGAUUGUCAACAGUAGGCCACUUUCCAUCGAGCAUUUAAGUGAUCCAACAGGUCCUGAGCCAUUAACGCCCAAUCACAUUCUCACUAUGAAGUCAACCAUUGUUCAACCUCCUCCAGGAGAGUUUAUGAAAGAAGAUUUGUAUCUUCAAAAAAGAUGGAGAAGAGUACAAUAUUUAGCCAAUGAGUUUUGGAUUCGUUGGAGGAAAGAAUAUUUGCUCAACUUGCAACCAAGACAGAAGUGGAAUGUACACAGAAGGAAUCUGAAGAUAAAUGAUGUAGUGCUUCUACAAGAUGACAUGGCACCACGUAAUGAAUGGAAGCUUGCCAAAGUCACUGAUGUCUAUCCAGGAACUGAUAACAAAGUGAGAAAGGUUCGACUUUUGGUUAGUGAAAGGACAUAUGACAAGCACAGUAAACUUGUGACUAAGACAGUCUCAUUAGAACGACCUAUUCAUAAGGUCAUUGUUUUGCUAGAAGCAGAGUAAGGGUUUGUGUUUAUUUUCAUGUUCAGUUUGUCAGACUGAGUGUAAGUCAUAGAAAUCCCACAGUAAGAGUUGUGAGAUUGGUGGGAGUGUUACUGCCACAUUUUCGUUUCUAUUCAUUUUCUGUAUUUUAUUAUUACCGUUAAGUGCCACUAGGGGCGCUGUAGCUUAAGAGUGAGCUUCGUAUGCAGAGAAGAGGUUAAUACAGAAGAAGAAGCGAUCUCUCUAGAGAAAGAAGCGAUCUCUCAAGAGAAAGAAAGAUGCAUGACUAAAGUGUGGUCAUUAAGCUAAUAAGAGAAAUAAGAUAAACAAAAAGAAGAAGAAAAAGACUUAAACUAAUUCCUCUCUCGGUACUCAGCCAAGGAGGUAUGUUUUGUAUGUUGUAUUUGUCAAAUAGUUUUAUCUGUCAGAUUUCUUUCUUUAAGCUAAUUAUUGUUUGUUCUGUGCUUUUAGUUUUCACGGUGUGUUUAUGAUCCUGACUAAGCUGGAUUCAAUAAAUCCAUCAGUAUGAGAAAGCCA